AGGGUAUAAACGAUAUUAACAGGUAAUUCUGAUUAUUAUUAAUUUUAAUCAUUUAUUUAAUCAUAUAGAUUUAAAAUUCAUUUUUAUUUUUGAUUAAUUUAUAUAAUUAAUUUAUUAAGGGUAUAAACGAUAUUAACCGUUCUAACUUUAACGUGACAGCUAGAUUCCAAAAAUUUACUUCGCAAAUAAUAGUAUAGAUAGAAGGAAAGGUAUCUGUUUAUAAGCUAUUUUUUUUUUAAUUGAAUGAUGCUUAGAAAGGAACAUAUUCUAAAGGUCGACAAAUUCACUUUUUAUAAAUAAAAUUAAAUCUGAAAGAAUAGUUACGGGCCUGUUAAAUCAGAAAAUUAUUAAAUCACUUUUUAUAAAUAAAAUUAAAUCUGCAAAAUAUUGCAAAUUACAUGUCUUUUAAAUUAGAGGUCCAAUGUUUUUAAAUCAACACAGACACAGUACCAAGCAACUUUUCGAGUCACUAGGUUAUUGGGUCGACCGCAGAUUAAUAAAUACAUUUAAUUUUAUUAUAUAUUAUAUUACCUAUUGAAAAAAUAUAAGAAAUAUUUUAUGUUUUUUUAAUAUAUAAAAUACUGAACUUUAGUGAUAUUAUUUAUUUUCAUUUCACAUAAAAAAACAUUUAAACUAUUUAACAUUUUUUGUAACAUUUAUUAAGAAUUUCAAGACUUAAACUUCAUGAGUAUUUCAAUGUCUAAUCUGAAUAAUAAAAUUUAAAUUUAAAUCCAAAAUAAGCUAAAUUAUCAGAUUGUAAUAGAUUGUCAAUACCAAAUCAUAUCAACUAAUUUUUGUUUUCUAUGUCAUCAUCAUUGUUUAUUACAUUGUAAAUUUAGCAUAGUAAAAUCUUCAUCAAAAUAUGAAACUCACAAAUAAAAACCAAAACUGCAAAAAUAAUGUAAGUGAGAUUCGCGAUAGUAAAAAACUGAAAACCUAAUUUUUUUUAUUUAGAAUACAAAACAUAAUUUAAUAAAUUAAUUAAGAAAUAUAAUAUUUAAAAAAAUUAUCUAUUGGAUCCGCCACUGAUUCAACCGGUAACCGAAUUAUAUGUUUUAAAGGUUUUUACGGGUUUUAUCGGGUUUUUAAAUAAUGGUUUGUCCUAAAAUCCAAACCAUAUUAGUCACCGGGUUUACCGGUUCGACUGUGAGUCUGGAUCGGGUUUCAAAACAAUGCAGAAGUCCAGUUAUAAGGAAACUUCAAAGUAUUUAUGUAAGCAGUCCAAAUAAAUUUAUAAUUAUACACAUUAUUUAUAUAUACAAAUUAAACCAAUUAUGUUUUGUAUUUGGUCGAACUAGAUUAGGCCUGGGCAUUUUUACUUGUACCCGAAAAUCCGAACCGGAACCGAUCCAAAAAUACCCCACCUAGAACCGAACCGAAAAUUUACAAGUACCUUUUGAGUCUAAAUUUCUUUUACCCAAAAGAACCGGAACCGAAAGGAACCGACCCGAAAAGAACCAACCCGAAUAGACCCGACCCGGUAAGAACCGAUUUGUACCCGACUUAAAAACAUGUGUAUCUAAAACUAUGAUUUUUUUGUGUUCUAUUAUAUAUAUUAUUUUAUGAUUUAGUUGAAAUAUAUAUUGUUAACAACAUUUGUUAUUAUUUUAUAAAAAUUUUAAGUAAUAUGAAGCUUAUAAAAUUUAGAGUCUAAAAAUGUUAUAUUUUAAUUAUUAAUAGUUUCAUAUAAGUUAUUUUGUACAAUUUUAGAUAUAUAUGAUAAAUAUCGACUAAAUUUGAUGGAGUUGGGUAUGUCAUGUCUUUUUUAGAUCUUAAAUACCCAAAUCCAAUAUGGACCCGAAAAAUUACAGGUAUUUUAUGGCUAUUUUAAUUAUAGACCCGAACCGACUCGAAUCUAAAAAGAACUGAUCCUAACCCGAACCGAAAAUUUCUAAGUACCUAUUGGAUCUAAGUGUUUAGGAUCCGAACCCGAAAGACCUGGAACUGAAAGGAACUUGUCCGAAUCCGACCCGAAUACCUGAACGCCCAGGCCUAAACUAGAUGUUAUGGUUGACCAGUGUCGUCACAACAUUUAUAACCGGUUUGAAUGGUUUUGAUCCAAAUCCGAUUAUUAGCACAACUUGGAUUCAGUUAACUAAGAGAUACAAUUAGUCUGAUAAGGCUAAUCGGCUUCACUUUGUUUUCAAAAUAUUUUUUAAAGUAAUAUUGUUAUAUUAUUUUUGAAUCCGAUUAUGCGGAAGAACGAAUCCCGCGCAUUCAAAAGCGCGGAUCAAUAUCUAGUAAACUUUUUAAAUAUGAUAGACUCCUUAGAAUUCCUUAUAAAUUUAACAAAUCUCUUGAUUCUUAAAAUCAACAAAUUUUAAACAUUUAGUGUUUUAAAUUUAUUAUCUUGACUAGCUUUUAAAAUCUUUUGGUUUCUAAUUGAGAUAGUUAUCUUUACAUAAUCAUCAUUCCUUAGAGAUUUGGUAAAUCAUGGAUUCUCUUUUUAGUCUUAGCUUUCUUCGAUUUCCCAAACCCAAAAUGCAAAAUUAUUAAGAGUCAAACUAACAUUUAAUGUUUUAACUGUAUUUUCUUGACUAGCUUUAAAAACUUUUGUUUUCUAAUUGACAUAAUUAUCUGUACAUAAUCAUCAUUCAUUAUAAAUUCGGUAAAUCGUGGAUUCUCUUUUUAGUCGUAGCUUUUUGGAUUUCCCAAACCCAAGACGCAAAAUUUUUAACAGUCAAACUAACAUGUAACAUUUAUUGCUAGCUAUAUCGCUUCUGCGUAGAUAUUAAUUAUAUAUACGUAGCAUAUUAGUGCUGACUUAGAAAAAGGAAGUAAGAAGUUACAAGUUACAACGAUAUACACUAUAAGCAAAAGAAGAGAAAAAAAGAGGGAUAUGAAGUUGGGUGCAGUUUUGUUGCUUUGUUGUGUCUUGUUUUCCCUUGCGCCAAGCCUAAUUGUUGCGGAAAUAAGACCGUGGUGUCCAUCAAGAAAACAAACAUUUGAUGGUUCAUGCAAAAAAGAUUUCACACAAUGCUUUGAUGACUUAAAAGCAACAUGGGCUUCUGUUGGAGACCUUGGUCCAACCGAUUGCACUUGCACGUCUCAACCCCAGAACAAGCGUCUCUGCUAUUGUCGUUAUUUACCUUGCCCUAGCUAAAUACUGUAAUUUUUAUGAUUCGGAAAUCAAAUUGUUCUCAUAUAUAUCUUCUAUAAUAAUAAAGUAAGAGUUGACAAAAAAAUAAAAAUAGAGUACGAUUCUGGUCUU